CCCUAAAACCCCAUUCCAUUCCCCCUGCCUUCUUCAUCUUCUUCCCAAUUUCUGCAACUCCCAUGACAUCCGAACCCUACACUCAAAAACCCUAAUUUCAAUCCUCCCAACAAAACCCAAAAUCCAACCUUUCAACCAAGCCCUUCUCUCUCUCUCUCUCUCUCUCUCUCUCUCGGCUAUUUCGUUGGAUGCACGGUCAGUAUUUAUAUCCUCUUUACACGUUUAGACACGGGUUUUAUGCAGAUUGAAAUUUAACAGUCCACACAUCAUGAUUGCAUUCCCCCAAGUUUCACUCGAAUAUAUAGCAUAAAUAGUGUAAUAUUUUCCCUAUUGUUGUUUCUUGUUGAAAUUAACGAAAGUGAUUAGAUUAGAAAUGGGUUGUCCUUAUCCCGUCUUUUUGCUGUUAAAGUUUCAACCUUUGGCUUGGUUGGAUCAGAUUCGUUACAUCAGUUAGCUACAUCAGACCCAGUUUUCCUUUUUCACCACUGUUGGCUUUUGUUGGUGUAGUUGUUUGGGUCCGAAAGCGAAAGUAUAGCUAGUGAUUAGAUUGGAUAUGGAGUUUGAACCGUUGGGUAUGGGGAAUGAUGUUAUAGAAUUCGACAUGAUGGGGCUGGGUGAUGAUACUGUUGACAUUGACCACCAACUUGACGAUGAGGAUGGCCUCCUUAUUGAAAAUUCGUAUGGCAGUGGGGGCGGUAGGGCCGUUGGAGAGCUUUAUCUUCCUGAAGGGGACACUAACCUUGAACCCUAUGAGGGUAUGGAAUUCGAGUCAGAGGAGGCUGCCAAGGCCUUCUACAACUCGUAUGCCAGGCGGGUUGGUUUUGGUACCCGCGUCAGCAUGUCGCGUAGGUCUAGACGGGACGGUGCCAUUAUUCAGCGAUCGUUUGUGUGUGCCAAAGAGGGGUUUCGUGUCGAGAAGGAGAAAAGUGGGCGUGAUGAUGGUCCUAGGAUUAAACGCCCCCGUGCCGAGACUAGGGUUGGCUGUAAGGCCACAUUGGUAAUUAAGAUUCAGGAUUCCGGUAGGUGGGUUGUCUCCGGAUUUGUCAAAGAGCACAACCAUGAGCUAGUCCCGCCUGAUAAGGUUCAUUGCCUCCGGUCACACCGCCAUGUGUCUGGCUCGGCAAAGUCCUUGAUUGAUACCUUGCAGGGGGCUGGCAUUGGCCCUAGUGGCAUCAUGUCUGCCCUGAUUAAGGAAUACGGGGGAAUUACCAAUAUUGGGUUCACCGAACGCGACUGUAGGAAUUAUAUGAAGAGUAGUAGGCAGAGGACUCUUGGUGGGGACACUCAGAUCUUGUUAGACUACUUGAGGCAGAAGCAGUCUGAGAAUCCUGCAUUCUUUUAUGCCGUGCAGGGAGACGAGGAACGGUUCAUGAGUAAUAUCUUUUGGGCUGAUGCUAAAGCAAGGGCUAAUUAUACCUAUUUUGGCGAUACGGUUACGUUUGAUACCACUUACAGGUCUAAUCGCUAUCGGUUGCCUUUUGCACCGUUCACUGGAGUAAACCAUCACGGACAGCCUGUAUUGUUUGGCUGUGCCCUUUUGAUAAAUGAAUCUGAGGCAUCAUUUGUCUGGCUAUUUAGAACAUGGCUUGAGGCGAUGAGCAACCGGCCUCCGGUCUCAAUCACCACUGAUCAUGAUCGGGUGAUUCGGUUGGCCGUUACAGAGAUUUUUCCCGGGACCCGUCACCGUUUUUGCAAAUGGCACAUCUUCAAAGAAAGCCAAGAGAAGUUGUCCCGUGUGCUUUCUGAACAUUUGAAUUUUGAAGCUGAGCUUCAUAAAUGUGUGAACCUGUCUGAAUCCACAGAAGAGUUUGAAUCUUGUUGGCUGUCCCUUAUUGAUAGAUACGAUCUUCGGGAACAUGAGUGGCUUCAAACUAUUUAUACUGAUCGCCUACAAUGGGUCCCUGUGUACUUGAGGGACACAUUCUUUGCAGAAAUGUCAAUAACACAACGAAGUGACAGUAUGAAUUCGUACUUUGAUGGGUAUGUCAAUGCGUCAACAACUCUUCAACUGUUUGUUAAGCAAUACGAGAAGGCCUUGGAGAGUCGCUAUGAGAAAGAAGUUAAGGCAGAUUAUGAUACAUUGAACAGUGCACCAAUGUUGAAAACCCCAUCUCCAAUGGAGAAACAAGCAGCUACGGGUUACACAAGGAAAUUGUUCAUGAAGUUUCAGGAGGAGUUAGUUGAGACACUUACUUUCUUGGCAACCAAAGUUGAGGAUGAGGAGGCACUCACCACUUACCGAGUUGCUAAAUUUGAGGAGAAUCACAAGGCUUACUUUGUCAAAUUAGAUUCUUCACAGAUGAAAGUAACUUGUAGUUGUCAGAUGUUCGAGUUCUCUGGACUUCUAUGCAGACAUGUACUGUCAGUCUUUAGGGUGACAAACGUUCUUACUCUGCCAUCGCGAUAUAUUUUGAAACGGUGGACGAGAAAUGCUAAGAGUGGUGUGAUGUUGGAGGAACAUCCGAAUGAUUCGAUGAGUAGUUCUAAAGAAUCUCAAACGGCCAGAUACAAUAAUCUUCGCCAUGAGGCCCUUAAGUUUGUAGAUGAAGGUGUGAAUACUGUUGAAAUUUACGACGUGGCAAUGGGGGCUCUAAGGGAAGCUGCAAUUAAAGUUGCUGUUGAGAAAAGUAAAGGUGGGAGGAUGACUAAUGUCAACGAAACUAGCAGAAAAAGCCAUGCCAGUCCUAGAACCCAUGCCAAUGAUACUACUGGGCUUCCUCAAUGGGGUUCAGAGGCAUCUCAGUCUGAGGACGAGCAGGAGAGGAAGAUACAAAAACUAACCCGCCAGCUCGAGCAUGCACAACGGAAGUGCGAAGUAUAUAGGGCCAACUUACUUGCAGUUUUGAAAGAUAUUGAGCAUCAGAAACUACAGCUGACAGUUAAAGUUCAAAGUAUUAAGUUAGGUAUGAAAGACUAGUAACUUUUGAAUAGAAAUGGCAGUUCUCUC